UGGGGCGGGAUUUCCGGCCUCUUUCUGAUGGCGGUUGUGUCGCGGCUCGUACAGCCGGUUGUGGGAUACGAAAUUCUGGAUCCCUGGGUCCCGCCGAGUAACAGAAAAUAGGAAGAGCCCGAGGGGGCACCGUCCACACUGCACAGGAGUGAGCGGGUUGCGGACCCUAGUUCCGGGAUUUUCACCUGAAGUGUCCGCCAUUAUCCCGCGUGUCUCCUGGCCCCACGGACCCCAGAGGGUCCUAUGGCAACCGGCGCGCUGACGGACCCGGCCCAGGUUCUCAUAGUAGCAGCAACAUCUGUGGUCCCUGGACAGGGCCCUGUGACCUUUGAGGAUGUGGCUGUGUACUUCUCCCAGGAGGAGUGGGGGCUCCUUAGUGAUGCUCAGAGGCUGCUGUACCACGACGUGAUGCUGGACACCUUGUCCCUUCUAGCCUCCCUGGGUUUCUGGCCUGAGGCAGAUGCUGAAGAGGACAUUUCCGAACAGUGUUUAUCUGUAGAAGAAGUAGCACAAGCCAGGAGUCCAAAGCCAGACCCAUCCAUCCUGAAGACUCUUACUUCCGAUACGUGUGUCCUGGUAGAGAAGGAUGUUUCAUACCUGGCCGAGCACCAAGGAGUCCCUCCUGGUCUGGAACCAUCCUCUCCUGGGGCCUAUGGGGAGAUGUUCAGUUCUUACCUAGAGCAGCACCAGAAGCAGCCCAGUGGAGAGAAACACCUCACAGGGGAGGAGAGCAGGGCAUUGCUCAUGACCGGCUGCACAGCGCGUGUAUCUGACAGCAUGUUCACAUGCAGAGAGGUCAAGAAGGAUUUCCUAGACACCCUGGACUUUGUCCAGCACCAGCCCUGCCGCAGUGGAGAGCACCCACGUCGAAGCAGGAAGAGCAGGGAGGUCUCCCACCCUGGGGCAGGGCGCUACAAGUGCAGCGACUGUGGCAGAGCCUUCAAUAAAAAGUAUAAACUCACGGAGCACCUGAGAAUUCACACUGGAGAAAAACCUUAUGAGUGCAGUGACUGCGGGAAGUUCUUCAGAAUCAAGGGGGGUCUUAAUCAUCAUCGGAGAGUUCACACAGGGGACAAGCCUUUUGAGUGCAGUAAUUGUGGGAAAGUCUUCCUCUACAAAGGUAAACUUGUUGUGCACCAAAGAGUCCACACUGGAGAAAGACCCUUUGAGUGUAAGGAAUGUGGGAGAGCCUAUGCCCGCAAGGAUUCACUGGUUGACCACCAAAAAAUCCACACUGGCGAAUAUCCUUAUAAGUGCAGUGAAUGCGGGAAGCUCUUCCCGUACAAAAAUAACCUUCUUGUGCACCAGAGGAUCCACACUGGAGAAAAGCCUUAUGGGUGUAGCAAAUGUGGAAAGUCCUACGUCUUAAAAAAAAGGCUUCUUUGUCACCAGAGAAUCCACACUGGAGAAAGGCCUUACAUUUGCAGUGAGUGUGGGAAAGCCUUUGUGUACAAAGGGAGUCUUGUUGCCCAUAAGAGAAUUCACACUGGAGAAAGGGCUUACGGAUGUAACAAAUGUGAGAAGUUCUUUGUAACUAGCUCUGCUCGCAAUAGACACCAGAAUAUUCACGUUGCUAAAAGGCCUUAUGAGUGCAACAAAUGUGGGGAAGCUUUUAAGAAGAAAAUCAGAUUUGUUGAGCAUCAGAGAAUCCACACUGGAGAAGAGCCUUUUAGAUGCAGUGAGUGUGGGAAGACCUUCUGCUACAAAGCAAGCCUUGUUGUGCACCAGAGAACCCACACUGGAGAACGGCCUUACGUGUGCAGUAAAUGUGGGGCAGCCUUUCUCUACAGAAGGAGUCUUACUGUCCAUGAGGGUAACCAUACUUUUGAAAAUCCUUGAGUGCAGUUCUCUGUAGACAGCUCCAAGCUCGUGAAAAGCAAGAAAGUUCAGCACACUGGGGAGAUGCCUUCUGGACUUGAGCCUUCCUGCACUUGAGUUAAUAUCUAGCAGCACAGUCCCUGGGUCGUAGUGUAGGUGCCUGUUCCUCUUCUGUGGGGCCCGUCACACAUUCCUGAAGUGGCAGUGUCCUUGUACAGUCUCACCAGAACAGCCAGAGCCCGCGUUUCCGUGCUUGACGUUCUCACCAGCACUUGGUGUGGUCAGACUUCCUACUUUCAGUGACAUCGUAGGUGUACAGCCAUACCUAGUGAGUUUAACUUCCAUUUCCUUAAUGACAUGAUGUUCGUUUUUCCUGUCAUAAUUUUCAUUCAUAUUUCUUUUUUGAAAUUUUGCUUUAUAUGAUUUGUCAUCUUAAUUACUGCAUUUUAAAUGUUCUCUAUGGAUUCUUUUUUUUUUCAGGGGGAGGUAAUUAGAUUUUAUUUUUCAGUGGAGGCACUGGGGAUUAAACCCAGGAUCUUGUGCAUGCUGAGCAUGUGCUCUACCACUGAGCUGUGCUCUCCCCUUGGAUUCUUGAUUUAGGCUCUUUUAUGGAAAUAUUUGCCAGUAUAUUCUUCCAGAAUUGGUCUUGUCUUUUCAAUUGCUUUUCCAGAAAAAACGGUUUAAAAUUUACUGUAAUCUAUUUUUUUCCUUUAUUGUUUUACUGAUUUUAAAAAAGAAAUGUUUCCCAAAUAUAAAGACAGAAUUUUCUUGACAUUUCCUUCUGUAAUUUAUAGUUUAGGUUUUGUAGUGAUAUUAAUAAUCCAUUUUCAGUUGAUUUUGGAUUUUUUUUUAAUAUGGAUGCCGAAUUGCUGCAGUGAUACUGAUUUCAAAGACUAUAUUUUCUUCUUUGAAUUGCUUUAUUAUCUUCACUGACGGUGUAUCAUUUAUGUCUGUGUCUAUUCCUGGACUAUUCUGUUGCAUUUAUCUACUUUACGCCAGUACUUUCAUGUGUUGAAUAUUUGUUCAUAAUAUGUCUUGAAAUCAGGUUUGUAAUCUCUGAUUCGCUUUUUCAAAGUUCUAAAGGCUAUUCUUGGUUCUUUGCCUUUCCAUGUGAAGUUUAGGAUCCACUUUUCAAUGUGUACAUCACAGAAAAUCCUGCUAGGAGUUCGAUACGGAUUGCACUUACUCUUGAGUUUAGAGAGAAGCACUAGGUGUUCCAGUCCAUAAGCACGAUGUAUCUCUUUUUAUUUAGAGCUUACUUAAUUUUUGUUAGAAAUAUGCUUUAGUUUUCUGUUUGUUGGUCUUGUGUAAUUUAAGCGUCUCUAGGUAUUCUCUAUAUGUGAUGAUACUGUGAAAGGGAAUUUUAAAAAAUUUUUAAUUUGUGAGUUGUUCAGUGCUAGGACCCUGAGCUAUCAAAGUUAGGAUAGACGUGAUCCUUCUUAAUCUUAUAAGUGACAUCUACAGAGAGCUGUUAGAAGUGCUGUACCUUUGAACCAUUAUUAAAAUACUUGCAUUAGGAUAAAAUAAAAGGAGGGCAGCUGCCCAUUGCUCUCUUACUCACUGCUGUCCCGGAGCUCCAGUUUCAUUCAGUGACGCAAAAUGACGAAUAUGCCGCAGUGGGAAAGGAAGAAAUAAAUCACCAAACUUACAUCCUCAUUUGUCAUCUUCACAGAGUCCAAAUGUGGACACUCAAUUUAGUGCCUGAAUCCAUCAUAAACUCCUAAUUUUUUCAUCACCCAUAUGCUGCCCUUCUUGCUUCCUUAGGACCCUUCCCCUUCUGUUACACUAUGCACUCAGCAUCAUAGAUGAGCUGCUCAUUGUAUUGUUCCAGCAAAUACAGAGUAAGUUCCAGGAGGGAAAUGUGUGUUUAUAUGUUGUGCACUGAUAGAUUCCAUAGUCCCAGAAAAAUGUGUAAAACACACACGAUACAUAUUGAUGUCUUAAAAUAUGGGAUAAGUGGCAACGCAGAUUUAACAUUCAUUUGCACGACUGGAUACGCUUCCUAACUCUUCUCACGCUGUCUUUUCCUUUAUUUUCACCACCCUCAAUGGUCUUGAGUUACAAGAAGAAAUCAUAUUUUGCAAAAUGCCUUUAUUUCAACUAAAACUCCCCAGUAGUCAUUUUAUUGGCUUCCUUCUCUCUCUUAUUAGAUGUCAGGUUUUUUUUUUUUUUUCUCACAUUAUAUUGGGAUUUUGAUUGUUUAUUUCAAAAACCAGCUUUCCUUCAUCAAUGUGUGGCGCUCCUGAUGGGUAUCUGUCUUAAGCACUUUUACUCGCUGUUGGGACUCACAUAGUGCCAUGUGCUUUCACAGUUUAUCUGUACUCCCUGAGCAGACACUGUCAGUGCGCUUACAUGUGAAGCGGUAAUCACUUCCCUACAAGCAGAUGACAUAGUGGAGUUCUAAUUCUUUAUCACAGGCUUAUAUGUCACCCCUGUUGCUCACUUUCAGAGAUGCUGCCAUGGCAGCCCUUGUUCUGGGAGCAAAUACACAUUUGUUCAGUAUCUCUUCAGCGAUCUGAUUGUUUGGAACUUUUAUCUCAGGAAACCCAAGGUUAACUAUUCUUAAAAACUAAAUUUGGCUUCCUGAGGUUAGAACAAUAGAAAUAAAACCUUAAGUAGAUUAGCCAUAUAGACACAUAGAUAGAGAUAUAGACAGAUGAGAAGAAACCCAUAAAAACAAAAGGCAUUUGCUGAGGAAGCCAGACACACGUUGCCCAUCAGCAGUCUGUUUCAGAAGUACCUGACAUCUCCCCUCCUCAGUUUGUAUUGAUUUGAAAUUUGUCUCACUGGUCUCUCAGUAAAGUCACUGACCAAAACAGGGUUCACUCUAUAGGCUUCACGUUAACGUAAGUUGUGAGUAAUCAGAUGAAGAAGAUGAGUUCCCAGUGUGAGUGGGUACAUAGUGUCCGUGUGAUACCCGUUGAUCAGGGACAUGUGUCAUGCAGCCUUUAACAAUGUGUCACACACUGUGUAGGGAGGUGUCUAUGUGUCUAUCCUUGGUAGAAUGCUGUUAAUUGCAUUUCAGUUUCCUGGAUGUUCUCUUUAUCACACUAAUUAGGUGAGAAAGGCACAGCUCAGUGGUAGAGUGCCUAGCAUUCACAAGGUCCUGGGUUCAAUCCCCAGUGCCUCCACUCUAAAUAAAUUAGCCUAAUUAUUCCUCCCCUCAAAAAAACAUUUGACACUCCUUACCCUCCCAGGAGUGGCUUGGCUUCCAUUGCUUCUCUGUAAAAAUAGAUCCUUUCUUCUAGAAUCUGUCUGUAUUGUCUACCUAUCUAUUAUCUGUCUGUAUCAUCUUUGCCUUAGUGUGAUUUCAUCUCAACUACAUGUCCCAUUUAUAAUUUUUUUAAACAAAAUUUGGACCAGACACCCUACCCUCUUAGAACAAUGGAUCCACCCACACUCAGUGAGAACAGUGCAUUUAAUUUAGAUCCUUCCUGUGUCUCCAUGGGAGCUUUGGGAAGUUACCAGUCAUUGUUGGUGAGUCACUGCAGGUUGUCAGGAGUCAAGUGAUCCACAGAUCACGCCAGUACUUUCAUGUGUUGAAUAUUUGUUUAUAAUAUGUCUUGAAAUCAGGUUUGUAAUCUCUGAUUCGCUUUUUGGUUCUGGUUGUCAGGGUUCUUGGGUUUAUGCAAACUUCCAAAUUCCAGGACCAGUUAGCUUUCACAGGGGAUUUCUACCAAACAUAUAAAGAGGAGCUAAUACAAAUCAUUCUCAAACUAUUCCAAGAAGUUGAAUAGGAAUGAACACUUCCAAAUUCAUUCUACAAGGCUACCAUUGCCCUGAUAACAAAACCAGGCAACGACACUACAAAAAAAAGAAAACUACAGGCAAGUGGGGGAGGGGGGAGAAACUUCGGUUCUGGGGGUUGUAUGAGGUCAAAAUCUUUCAGCACAUGGUUUGGCUGCAGGACUUGUGGUUCCAUGCUGUUGUCUCUGAAAAACAACUCAGAAUCUUGUUAGAAACAGGAUAGGGCCAAGUUUUGGUCUGAUUCUGCAGUUACACAUUCAAGAGAGUUUUCCAGGCCUUUGCUCAUCUUAUGGAGAAGAAACCAAAUAUCCCUGAUAUAUUUCACAUGAUGAAUAUUUUAUGUUUUGACCAAAUGUGUUCUGCCUAAGGUUGGGGUUUGCAGAAGCAGAACCAGACACAGAGUUCAACAACAUGCGAUUUAUUUGGGGGAAAUUAUCAGGGGAAAUUGAACAACAGAACAAAGCAAGGAAAAGAGCUAAGCAAGAGUAUGGCUUCAUCUGGAAUCUACCUCAUUUUGAUCCCAUGUGGAGCUCUGGAGUGUAAAUGGUACCACACAUUGGUCCCAACCUGAGAUAAAGGAGCAUCCUUUUGUAACUCAGGUCAGGCAGUCCUUAAAUAUUCUCCAGAUAAGCUGCAUGCUGUGCUUACUUUCUUUCUAAAUCAUUGGACUUACUUGUAACUUCAGGGUCCAUAUAUGAGACAUUUUACUUUGUGUUAUUUGUGAACAUUAAUUUCUUCUGUUGAGGAGUCUGGAUUGCAUAGCUAUGGGCAUUCUAAAUAAUCCAUCAAAGAAUAAAAAUUCUGACUUGUUUUACCAAAAGAAAAAAAAAAUCAGAGUCCCACAUUGAAAUGCCUACAAUCUGCCUCAUUUGGAUGUUUGAUACAUUCUUAAAAAAAUAUGUUCAAAAGUGAGAUUAUAAUAUUUCCUCCCAACUUCCUCCACCCAUACCACCACCACCCACCUUCCCAUCACAAUUAAUGACAAACCCCUUAUUCCAGCUUGGACAAAAACCUUGACUCACCCUUGAUUAUUGUAGUAUGACACAAAGGGGCUGACUGGGGGGUGGAGAAGCCAUGUUCUGAUCUGAGGACAUCGAGCUGUCUAACCACAAUCAUGUGCAGAUCCUCAGUAACAAAGAUACUAUAUAAUGAGAACAUGGGGCAUCUUCCCAGAAUGAAAUUUUACUGAAUAAAGGUUAAUGCAUUAAAUGAAGUAAUUGUGAAUAAUGUUGUUAGAAGAAUGAAACUGGUGGAGAGUCAUUU